GCGUGACGUAUGGUCUGCGGUCAGCUGACUCUGGGCUGUCAUGUGGCGUGCACAUACAAAGGAAAUCACAUUUCUGAAUAAGAACCUGGGGUCCUCAAUCUAAACAGUUUUCUGUUCCUGGGUUGUUUGUCCCGUCCACACGUUCAGCAUGUCUUGGACAAAAUACCAGCUGUUCCUUGCGGGACUUAUGCUCAUAACGGGCUCUAUCAACACAUUAUCGGCAAAAUGGGCCGAUCUGUUCAGUGCAAAGGGGUGCCACAGUGACCCUGAACAUCAGUUCUCUCACCCAUUUGUACAGGCAGUGGGUAUGUUUCUGGGUGAGUUCAGCUGUCUUGCAGUCUUCUACAUCUUACUUUGCCAUGACCGACGGAGACCAGAGCCCAAGAUGAACCCAGGUCAGAGCUUCAACCCUCUCCUCUUCCUACCUCCCGCCAUGUGUGACAUGAUGGGCACGUCCAUCAUGUAUGUUGCUCUCAACAUGACCAGCGCCUCCAGCUUCCAGAUGCUGCGUGGAGCCGUCAUCAUCUUCACUGGCCUGCUCUCUGUGGCUUUCCUGAGGCGCCAUCUGGCAGCUAGCCAGUGGCUUGGCAUCGUCAUCACCAUCCUGGGCCUGGUGAUAGUGGGCCUCUCUGACUUAUUCAGCGGGCACCAAGACGACACACGCAAACUCAGUGACGUCAUCACGGGAGACCUUCUGAUCAUCAUAGCUCAGAUCAUUGUUGCAGUGCAGAUGGUCCUGGAGGAAAAGUUUGUCUACAAACACGAUGUCCAUCCUCUUCGGGCUGUCGGUACUGAAGGUUUGUUUGGUUUCUUCAUUCUGUCGCUGCUGCUCAUCCCAAUGUAUUUCAUCAUUGUGGGCGACUUCAGUAACAACCCUCGACACGUCCUGGAGGACGCGCUGGAUGCCUUCUGUCAGAUCGGGCACCAGCCUCUCAUCCUGCUGGCUCUACUGGGAAACACAGUCAGCAUCGCUUUCUUCAACUUUGCCGGGAUCAGCGUCACAAAAGAGAUCAGCGCCACCACUCGCAUGGUGCUGGACAGCCUGCGCACGCUGAUUAUCUGGGUGGUUAGCCUGGGGCUUGGCUGGGAGCAGUUUCACGGCCUGCAGGUUCUGGGCUUUUUGGUGCUGCUUCUGGGCACAGCUCUCUACAAUGGUCUGCACCGCCCCCUGCUCACCAGGAUACCUUUCUGUGCCAGGAUGGUGAAUGUACAGGAGGAGAGCAACCCAGGAGAACGAGAGAGCCUGCUGAAUGACCAGAGCUAAACCUCAGCACAGGUGGCAUCCCAGUGCACUGGCCUGUCUGAUAAGGACACUAAACCUUUCAUGAACAUUGACAGCUUCUUUUUAAGUUCACUUGUUUAUACAGUUUUGCUAGUCAUCUUAAUCAGGACCCCCGGGAAGAAGAGAUCUUGUAUCUCAAUGGGAGCUUCCUGGUUAAAUAAAUAAAAUAAAACCACUCAGAAUAACUGACCUCACACAAUACUGUAAUAUGUAAGAGUGCAAAAGUUCUUUUUUUUUUAGUAAAUACUUAGGAUUUAUACCACUCUCCCAUCAGCUGGUUGAACAUCGAGCUGGAGAAAAGAGAAUAAGCUUAUUUUGCAAAAUAUUGAACUAUUGUUUUAAAGAAACAAAUGGUAGAGAGGGCAGUCUGAAGGAGUUUUUAUGGAUUACUUUGAUUUUGAUUUUUGUUUGCUUUAAUGACUUGGCAUUAAAUUAAAACUAAGGUUUAUGAAAAUUUUUACAUGAUAAAAAUGUAUGUUACAAAACCUUGUGCACAUUAUCUCAAACAGGUGGGUCAUUGUCAUGUUGUUUCUAAUUAUGAAUUUAAUUCUGUUCCACUGGUCUGUUUAGGAAUGUGGAUGCCUGUGCACUAUGUUUGUGCCAAAGUCUUUCAUUGUGGAGACUGUGCACUGCCAGAGGUUGGUAUUUGUUCAGAGCUCAUACACGUGUUAUUGUUAAUUCUGCUGCUGCUUCUCUAUUCACAUAUCUGAGGUGUUGGGUGUAACAUGCAGUAAAAGAGGGAACUGUCAUUAAAUCACACUUGUUGAGUGGUGUAAUGGA